AUGUUAGAUAAGAAAGCAGAUAAAACUUAUGUGGAUGCAGAACUAACAAAGAAAUUUUCGAAACCAGAUACAAUGACAUUUACAACAGAAAUUAUAAAUGGUGAACCAGCAACUCCAUUUGAAUUUGUUAGAGGUCUUCAACCAGAUACUUUUGAAUUUUUCUUGGAUAAUUCUAUUGAACUAACAUUACAUUAUAAAAGUGGAACAAAUGCAACAUUUCAUCCGGGAGAUACAUUCCAAAUGGUAUUUAAUGACAUAAGUUCUUUAGAAUAUGUUUAUAGAGUUAUGAGCAUAUAUGAUUUAAUAUAUCCUAUAGGAGCUGUUUAUACGUCUAUGAAUCCAAUAAAUCCAAACACUUUAUUUGGUGGUAGAUGGUAUGAAAUAGUUGACAGUUUUCCAUUCUACACUAAUACGCAGUCAAUGAAGAUGGGAGGUUCAAAGAAAAUAGGUAUUGAAAACCUUCCUUCACAUAUGCAUAGGUUCAGUGGAAGAACAUCUGUGGAAGGAAACCAUUCACAUUCAAUAACAAAAAGAGGUUAUAUAAAUCUUGCAGCGGGUUCGAAUAGACAGGGAAUGAACAGAUAUGAUAUCUCAGAUGACCCCAAAGAUGUUAGCACAGGUAUUUUCUGUGGAACUGCAGGAAAUCAUACACAUGUUGUAGCUGGUAUUACAGACCCAGCAGGUAAUGGAAAAGAUUAUAUGCCUCCUUAUAUAACAAUGCACGCUUGGAUACGAGUUGGUUAA